UUUUUUUUUUUUUUUUUUUUGCAGCUCUCCGGUUACUGCUGCGGGUACCACAGGAGAACUGACGAGGAUACACCCUCAUCUCAGCAUCUUUGCAAACUACCACAUAAAUAAGAAGCUUUUCUCUGGCUCCUGUUACUCCUACUUGCAUUCCCUACAGGCUGCUGGCAACUAAAUUACCCCCCCUCCCCUCCUCUAUCCCAUCCUUCUCUUUUCUGCUGCAGUUAUAGAAGUUACCUGCGCUCAACGGAUGGAGCUCUGAUUACUAUUUUUAUUCUUAAUUCUUUUUUUUUUUUUUCCUUUUUUAAUUUUGCAAAGUGGAUAUUUGGAUACACGCAGAUUGAAGGUGCGUGUCGCCCAGGGGGAGCUUUGGUGCAAAUGCCAGUGCAAUGCUGUGGAUGUGACUUCAAACAGCAGCUUGACCACGGUACAGUCCUCUAAAAGCACAAUGAAAGACGACUUCGCCGAUGACGAGGAGGUGCAGUCCUUUGGAUAUAAGAGGUUUGGGAUUCAGGAGGGAACAGAGUGCACCAAAUGUAAAAAUGACUGGGCCUUGAGAGCUGCUAUUGCGUUGCUGUAUGUGCUCUGCGCCCUGCUCACCAUCGCAGUGGCUGUCCUCGGAUUCAAAGUGGUCCAGCGAAUGGACAACGUCACAGAGGGGAUGCAGAAUUAUGGAGGCAAGAUCAAUGCUGUGGAGAAAGACUUACAGAAAUUAGAUUAUCAGGCUGGAGCAAAGUCAGUAAAUGCCACCAGUGAAAUCAAGACUUUUAAAUCAGAUCUGGAGGUGUUACAGAAUCAACUUAAUGACAUUGCCCUCAGGGCGACGAGAAACAGGGAUAUCCUGAAUGAACUUCGUAUCACAGGCGAUGACAUGCAAAACGGCCAUGUGUCCCUGCAGACUGUUUUGGAGGGCAAUGCUGCCUCACUGCGUGGGGUCAACCAGACCCUAGCCUCUUACAGUAGCAUGAUUGACAAUCUGCAGACAGACACUGCAUGGCUACAGUCAGAAAUACAGGGUCAAGUUAAAGUGCAGAGUCAAACCCAGGUCACGGUCAAUGCACUGAACAUCACCCAGGCCCAGCAGCGAAAUCUGCUCAGCAGCCUCCAGAAGACUGUUGAAGAUGCAGGACAGGCAGUACAGAAACUGAAGAAUGACUACCAGGGUCUGCAGCAGACAGCCAGACAGGCACGGGCUGACACAGAGUGGCUCAAAGAAAAGGUACAGAACCUCCAAGUUUUAGCAGCAAAUAACUCUGCUCUGGCCCGGUCCAACGGUGACGCUCUAGAGGAUUUGGGAGCUCAGCUCAACACCUUGGCCAGCCAGAUCCAGAACGCCUCCUCCCUCGCUGAGAUUCAUGAUCAGAGCCUGCGUGAGUUGAUGGACCAUCAGAGAGAUCAUGAUAAUGCCACCUCAUCUAAGUUUGAUGAGAUGGAAGCGCGACUGGACCACCAUGAGAAUGACAUGGACCGCGUGACGGGGAAUGUUAGCUUUGCCACACAGCUCCUUGGUGCCAUUAGUUCCGACCUGAAUGGAAUGAGAUCCUGCGCUGAGACGGUCAUGAGACAUUCAGACCUGUUGCUGGGACUGAAUAAUAGUGUGACAGAUGCCCAGGCCGACAGUAAAGACCUCCAUGCCCAGCAGGAUGAGCUGAGAGCCAGGCUGGACAGAGAGGUCAACAACCUGUCUGUGGUGAUGGAAGAGAUGAAGCUGGUGGACAGCAAACACUCGCAGCUCAUCACCAACUUCACCAUCCUACAGGGUCCACCAGGUCCAAGAGGCCCCAAGGGUGACAAGGGUCCACAGGGACCAGUUGGCCAGACAGGACAGAAGGGUGAUAAAGGAGACAAAGGGAUGCCAGGAGUGGUGGGACCUAGAGGAGAGAAAGGUGCUGCUGGACCACCAGGUGGACCAGGUUCAAAGGGGGCUUCUGGGGCCCGGGGUCUGCCCGGGGCAAAAGGAUCAAGAGGGUCUGGAGGACGACCUGGAACACCUGGUGAUAAAGGUGAUCCUGGUGCUCAGGGGCUCCCUGGUAGGGAUGGACAGCCAGGAAUGCCGGGGCCACAAGGGCCACAGGGGCCCAGAGGAGCAGCAGGGCCUGCAGGGUUGGAGGGUCCUCGUGGACCUGUCGGACCUAUUGGCCCUCCUGGUCCUCCAGGACUACCAGGGUUACCUGCACCGCCUCCUCAGCUUCCAAUGCCUUCAAAGCCCACUCAGCUUCCUGAACGCCCCAAACCACAGGAAUCUCCCACGGCAGCAGUUGGACCGCAAGUCUCUGCAACUCAGAAGGUCGAGCCCCUUCCUGCUCCCACCCCAGCACCCGGUUGCCCUGCUGAGUUCAGGAGGUUUGGAAAUAGCUGUUAUUACUUCUCCUCCGGUUCCCAGAGACUGAAUUUUGAUGAGUCCUACAAGUUUUGCACCAACAUUUCUUCACAUAUGCUCAUUAUCAACGACAAUGAGGAACAGCAAUUUGUGAGAAAUGCGAUUGCAGAGAAGGGAUAUUUUUGGCUGGGUCUCACUGACAGAGAAGAGGAAAACGUCUGGAAGUGGGUGGAUGGCACCAUGCCAGUUUUCAAGAAGUGGAAGCCUGGUCAACCUGACAACUGGACCCAUGGGCAUGAAGACGGCGAGGACUGUGCUGGCCUCAUUCAUAAUGCCAACUGGAAUGAUUUCUAUUGCACUGACAGGAUCGGCUUCAUCUGUGAACGUGCUGCUGAUGUGACUGUUCCAGUUUUAUAGCAUCAUUCUGUGACAGUAUGAGCUGUCGUUGAGGAACUGUUGAAGAGGACGUCAUGGGAGGAGGUGAAGGACACGCGGAGGAGUUCUAGAUUACUGGACGACUCUGAAGUCAGCUGGGCCUAGCAUCACAAGACUAGGACUGAUAUUCGUCUUAAAAGGCACUUUACAGACCAGAAUGGUGCGAAAGACGAACCUGCACAGACUCAGCCCACUAGUGCCUUGAUGGAGUGUGUUGUAUUGAAGGAAAUGCGAGAAUGUAGGCAUUAACUUAGGCUUUAAGUCAUUAACUGGUGCAGCCACUGUUGUACAUGUGUAUCUGUAAAUAAUUGUUCACAAAAGACACAUUAUUGCUUGGGAUUGAUUCUCAUUUUGUGCCAUUAAUGAUUAACUUUUCAAUUUUUACACUUAGAAAAAAAAAUCUAUACACGAGGAUCAUGUUGUUGAUAAUGUGUUAUUUGGCAUUUUACGUUUUAUGUGAGAGAUGCAGCAAAGGCCCCGGUCUGGAUCUGUUAUCAGGGUCGCUGCAGUUCGUACUGUCUGGGGCACAAUCAACUAUUUUUCACUAAAUCAUCCACAGAAAGACAACUGUGAUUAGAAGUAAGCUAAAGAGAAAUAGUUACAAGAGCACUUACCCUCAGCAAAUGACUGCAACUCAAGCAAAUAGAAAUAAAGCAAGUUUAAAUUUGACUUUCUGAAACUGUUUUAAAGUAGUGAAAGCCAUGCUGCUGUUUUAUAAAGGACCCUAUUUUUAGACUUUAGACCGUCACUAUGAGGCGCACAUUAAAUAUACAGUAUGUAAUUUCUUUGUUAGGUAACCAUCAUAUGUUGAUUUAUUCAUUAUGCCAAAUAGAGUAUGUGAAAUAUGUUACGUGUUUAUAAUUUGCAUAAUCAGUUGAUAUUACUGACUGAUUUAAUUAAUGCGUAUGGACUGAAGAGCAGCUUGUAUUCCGGUUCAGCGUUCAUUAUUUGUCACUUAAAUUGCCAGGUUAUGGAUCAGCCCAGAACACUUAUCACAAUAAAAUGAGGAAGAAACUGUG